CCACCUCGCGCACGCUAUAAUUAUCUUCCUUUGCCUGUCUCCGUUUAAAUUCAUACUCGGUCUGUUUUUUCUUUAUUUGUGUGUAGAAAUGUGGGAAUUGAAGCCCUAAAAUAUCCUAAACGAAUUUAGGAUGAUACAUCCGUGUUCUUUGUUUUGUUUCUCUCUUUUUGUACUUCAUGCCAACAUGAUAAAUGCAGGGGCAGAGCGGACUACUGCUUGUCCGCAAUCAGAAAGUCCACGUCUGUCUGUGUACCGGGUUUAAGAGGAUGUAAGGAACAAGUAGCUUUUUUAACCAAAGUAUCCUUAUAAAAAUGCAGAAGGGAAUACGACUGAAUGAUGGUCAUGUCACCUACCUGGGUCUUUUGGCAAAGAAGGAUGGUACGAGGCGAGGUUGCUUGAGCAAAAGGAGCUCAGACAACACAAAAUGGCACACAAAGUGGUUCGCUUUAUUACAAAAUAUGCUGUUUUAUUUUGAGAGCGAGUCCAGCUCUCGACCUGCGGGAUUAUACCUGUUGGAGGGAUGUGUGUGUGACAGAGCGCCGUCACCUAAACCAUCACAAUCAUCCAAAGAGUGUUUAGAAAAGCAGUACUACUUCACUGUAAAUUUCACCCAUGAAAACCAGAAAGCCCUGGAGUUGCGUACAGAGGAUGUCAAGGACGGUGAUGAAUGGGUGGCUGCAAUAACACAUGCCAGUUACAGGAACCUGGCCACGGAGCACGAGACGCUCAUGCAGAAGUAUCUCCAUCUAAUUCAGAUCGUGGAGACAGAGAAAACGGUUGCUAAGCAACUUCGACAACAGAUAGAGGACGGGGAAAUAGAGAUUGAACGGCUAAAAUCAGAGAUUUCCGGCCUGCACAAAGACAAUGGGAAGAUCCAGUCGAGUCCAACAGCCGACCCCAGUGAAGAUGAUGACUCUGAACUCAAGAAAAUAAAAAAAGUGCAGAGUUUCCUACGAGGCUGGAUGUGCAGGAGGAAGUGGAAGACCAUCAUCCAGGACUACAUCCGGUCUCCCCACGCCGAGAGCAUGAGGAAGAGGAACCAGGUGGUGUUCAGCAUGCUGGACUCUGAGGCUGAGUACGUCCAGCAGCUCCACAUCCUGGUCAACAAUUUCCUCCGACCGCUCCGUAUGGCCGCCAGCUCCAAGAAACCACCCAUCACCCACGACGACGUCAGCAGCAUCUUCCUCAACAGUGAGACCAUCAUGUUUCUGCAUCAAAUAUUCUACCAAGGGUUGAAAGCAAGAAUAGCAAGCUGGCCAACAUUAGUUUUGGCUGACCUGUUUGACAUCCUGCUGCCAAUGUUGAACAUCUACCAGGAGUUUGUGAGGAACCACCAAUACAGUCUGCAGAUCCUGGCACACUGUAAACAGAACCGAGACUUUGACAAGCUGCUGAAGCAGUAUGAGGCCAAGCCAGACUGUGAGGAGAGGACUCUGGAGACCUUCCUCACCUACCCCAUGUUCCAGAUUCCCCGCUACAUUCUUACUCUCCAUGAGCUCCUGGCCCACACACCACAUGAGCAUGUGGAGAGGACAAGUCUGGACUACGCCAAGUCAAAGCUGGAGGAGCUGUCCAGAAUCAUGCAUGAUGAGGUGAGUGAGACAGAGAACAUCAGGAAGAACCUGGCCAUUGAGCGCAUGAUUGUAGAGGGCUGCGAGAUCCUCCUUGACACCAGCCAGACGUUUGUCAGACAAGGCUCUCUCAUCCAGGUGCCAAUGAGUGAGAAGGGAAAGAUCACCCGUGGGCGACUGGGCUCUCUGACUCUGAAGAAGGAAGGGGAGAGGCAGUGCUUCCUCUUCUCCAAGCAUGUCAUCAUCUGCACCAGGGGCUCUGGAGGGAAGCUGCACCUCACCAAGAAUGGCGUGGUCUCUCUUAUUGACUGCACUCUUCUGGAAGACCCCGAGGGGACAGAUGAUGAGUCCAAACCAGACAAGGGUGUACAGGACAUGGAGCACCUGGACUUUAAAAUCGUGGUGGAGCCUAAAGAAGGCCAGUCAUUCACAGUGAUCCUGGUGGCCUCCUCGCGGCAGGAGAAAUCUGCCUGGACCAGUGACAUCAGCCAGUGCAUAGACAACAUCCGCUGCAAUGGGCUUAUGAUGAAUGCAUUUGAGGAGAACUCUAAAGUCACCGUGCCACAGAUGAUCAAGUCUGACGCCAGCCUGUACUGCGAUGACGUGGACAUCCGUUUCAGUAAGAUGAUGAACUCAUGUAAGGUGCUGCAGAUCCGCUAUGCCAGUGUGGAAAGACUUCUAGAGAGAUUGACCGACCUGCGCUUCCUCUCGAUCGACUUCCUCAACACCUUCCUGCAUUCCUACCGCGUGUUCACCAGCGCCGAUGUGGUGCUGGACAAGCUCAUCACUAUCUACAAAAAGCCCAUCAGUGCCAUCCCAGCCCGAUCCCUGGAGUUGUUCUUCGCCAGCAGUCAGAACAAUAAACUCCUAUAUGGGGAGCCUCCCAAAUCCCCCAGGGCCAGCCGUAAGUUUUCCUCCCCCCCUCCCCUGGCCAUCACCAAGACAUCGUCCCCCAGCCGCCGCCGUAAACUCUCCCUCAACAUCCCCAUCAUCACUGGGGGCAAGGCUCUGGACCUGGCCGCCCUUAGCUGCUCCUCCAACGGCUAUGCAAGCAUGUACUCCUCCAUGUCCCCCUUCAGCAAGACCACCAUGGACAUCAAUAAGCUUUAUGUCACCAGCCCCAUCACCAGUAAGAUCCCUGACGAGGGAGAGGGCAAGACAGACAAGGCAGAGGAGACCAUUGUGUCUAAACAAGAUAUUUCAGUUCCGGAGGAAAGUGACAUUGACCAAAACCAGAGCGAUGACGCAGACCCAGAAACGUCUCCUAUCAAGUCGCCAACCACCCCCAAAAACUUGAAAUGCAAAAACUCUUCAGAAUUCUCCCUGUUUUCCUACAAUAAUGGCACGGUGAUGUCAUCGUGCCGCCCUGAGAUGGACAACAACAAUCGCAGUGCCCUCUCUGCAGCCUCCGCCUUCGCCAUUGCCACGGCAGGAGCCAAUGAGGGCACGCCCACCAAGGAGAAGUACCGCCGCAUGUCCCUGGCUAGCACAGGGUUCCCAACAGACCAGAGGAAUGGGGACAAAGAGUUUGUAAUCCGAAGGGCUGCAACCAACAGAGUCCUGAAUGUUCUGAGGCACUGGGUGUCAAAACACUCUCAGGACUUUGAGAGUAAUACUGAGCUGAAGCUGAAGGUGAUAGCCUUCCUGGAGGAAGUGAUGCAUGACCCGGAGCUGCUGACACAGGAGAGGAAAGCAGCCGCCAACAUCAUCAGGACCCUGACACAGGAGGACCCAGGUGACAAUCAGAUCAGCCUGGAGGAGGUGACACAGCUGGCGUCAGUAGGAAAGGCAGAAGCGUUUGAGAGCCAUUCUGCCCUGGAGAUAGCAGAGCAGCUCACCCUACUGGACCACCUGGUCUUUAAGGUCAUCCCAUAUGAAGAGUUCUUUGGUCAAGGCUGGAUGAAGAAUGACAAGAAUGAAAGGACACCAUAUAUCAUGAAAACAACAAAGCAUUUCAAUGAUAUCAGUAACCUGAUUGCCACUGAGAUCCUGCGUUGUGACGAUGUGACCACACGGGUGGCGGUGAUGGAGAAGUGGGUGGCGGUGGCGGACAUCUGCCGCUGUCUCCAUAACUACAACGCUGUACUGGAGAUCACCUCCUCCCUCAACCGCAGCUCUGUGUUCCGUCUCAAGAAGACCUGGCUCAAAGUGUCCAAGCAGACUAAAACCGUAAUUGACAAGCUGCAGAAGUUGGUUUCGUCAGAGGGGAGGUUCAAAAACCUAAGAGAGGCUUUAAAGAACUGUGACCCUCCCUGUGUACCAUACCUGGGGAUGUACCUCACUGAUCUGGCUUUCAUUGAGGAGGGGACGCCCAAUUACACUGAGGACAAAUUAGUCAACUUCUCAAAGAUGAGGAUGAUUUCCCAUAUCAUCAGAGAAAUUAGACAAUUCCAGCAAACAGCAUACAAGAUUGAUCAUCAGCCAAUGGCAGCACAGUAUUUGCUGGACAACAGCUCUGUUCUGGAUGAAGAAAGCCUGUAUGAAGCCUCUCUCAGAAUUGAGCCUAAAGUCAACAACUGAAGAGGAUGACAGUUUCCCAAAGUCUCUGUUGAAGAACUAUGUCGUAGACAUAAACAAUAACUGGUGUUAAGUCAUGUUUAACAUGUUUGCUCUGAUACGUGUAUUGUUUUUAGAAGUCUUAUGUACAAAUGUUAAUUUAAUCGUCACGUUGUUGAAAUAUUUCAUUUUCCUCUGCAACAAGGACCAUUUCACUGGGCUUACUAGGGUGAUAACUAAAGUCACAAUGAUCUUGUAUAAUGGUAUGUCCUUUGUAACUAAUUAAACUGAUUGACAUCUUUU